AUGCCUUCUCGUACGCUGAUAUCUUCACACGCUCUACGGGCAAUCAAGGCUGAGCCUUAUGUCUGUCCGUCAUGUCUGCUUAAAGGCAGCGUGACUAAUGAGAGGCCUCAAACGACGAUCCUCAAAGCCAGCCAACAUCAGACGACGAGGAGCUAUAUCAUAUCGAAAACCGAGAGACCACCUUACAGAACGCAAUUGCAGCUACCGAGAAGUCGUAGUUACGCAACCAAUGACUCCCUAGCUUCUACGACCGCCAUCAAUGCGCCCUCAACAGUCCCGCCCGAGCUCCGCGAACUCCACCAGCGAUUGCAGCUACUACAGGACAAAGCCAGCGGCUAUGUUGACCUGUCGCGUCUCCAACUCGCGCUACGAAGUCUAGAGAGCGCUGAUCCGGUCGUUCGAAUAGCCUUCCUAGGACUAGGAGGCAACGGAGUACGCGCGGCGCGGAAGCUGGCCAGAGUCUUACUCGCUGAUGAAUUGGGCGAAGAGGAGGCAUGGGAGAAGUUGUUACUGAAUGAGAGCGACGGAAGAAGUGUCUUGAUACGCUAUGGAGAGGACAUCACAGAGAGCGGCGUGCAGCCCAGCUCUACACCACCAGUUCAAGAGUUGAGGAUUUCCUCUCCGCGGCUGCGAAGGUGGAACAUGGAGAUAUUGGUCACGGGACUUAAUGCUACAGGGUAUACUCCACCUGGUACCGCUGAGAGUGCAAAAGAGCUGGAGGAAAGCAUCCUAGUACCGCCAAUCACAAUGCCGAAUUCCAGUGGUGGUCGGGUUGGUUUUGUGCGCUAUCCUGUACACAGAGCUUUGAUAGUCGCCGAUGGAGUGACUGGAGCCCUGGAGUAUGGCCGCUUACCCGCCGCUCUGGCCGACGGCAGACUCAUCAGCGCGGCGCUCAAUCUACCACUGCAGGUUGCCAAGAAUCGUGCAUACGACGAGAGUGUGUACGGGAGCGCUGUCAAUAUCGAACUCGCCGACCAAGCACUUGGUUUGUUUCGAUCUAGCAAUGCGAACGGCGCGAUUUACAGUGAGAAAUGGCAGGAGAGCCGCGUAGCUUCGAUCUCGAACUGGCUUUCUGCUGCAGCAGCCACGAAUGGGUUCCACCAUGGCCUGAAGCCUGCUCUCGAUGAAAUGCUGAGCUCAGUGCUUUCCCGUGCAGAGGACGCCAUCUCAAGCGCAGCGUCCGCCGCGGAAGCUUCAUCAGCUUCCCAGACAGUUCCUGACACCAAGCGAUCAACUCUCCAUUCAGCUAUAGCGACUUGGUCUGAAGAAGCCCACCGUGACUUGCAAAUGAAUCUUAGCGCUGCUCUGAUCUCGCCCACCUGGCGGAGAACAGUCUGGUGGCGUUUGUUUUACCGCAUUGACGAAGUCUCCAUUUCUGCCGCCGACGUGCUGCGAAGAGGCUGGCUGGUGGAGGCGGAACAGAAUCUGGCAUUCUUGAGCGGAAGAGUUCUUGAAGCCGGCUUUGCAAGCGUGGACGAGCUGAAGAAAGAGUCCCCACCUGUACCAGGAAUGGGGCAAGAGGGAGCCACUCAUGAUCCAGUUACCAAAAUGCUGAAAAGGGAAAUUGAAGAUUAUAAAGCAACCAAAAUUGACGGUGCUACAUUAUCGAGGUAUGGCACGGUUGCGGAGCUGAUGCAGCUACCGCCAAUGCUUGCAAAAGUAGAAGAGCGAACUGGGCUCAACGCGAUUUUUGACCCACCCUGGCCGCAGACGAUACAUCUGGCGCGACAGCAGAUGCUACAUCAGCUUGUCCCUGCAAUGCAUCGCAAAGCUCAGACUUUACUUCUUGCAUCUCUCAGUACCAUCGGCGGCUCUGGCGCACUUGGAGGAUGGCUCUUUAUUGCAUCUGGGGGCGUAGCGCUCUACGAAGCCGGUGCCAUCGCCGCGCUGGGCUUAGUCUGGGCUUUGCGACGGCUUCAGAAGAAAUGGGAUGCUGAGCGAGCCACUUUCGUUGAGACUACAAGAGAAGAUGCACGAAGAGUCUUGAUCGACGUAGAGAAGAGAAUGAGAAAGCUGGUGCAAGAUGGUGGACGUGUCGUUAUCCGCGAGGAAGAUCGGCGGGAAUGGAAUGAGGCCAGAGCAGCAGUGAAGGCAUGCGAAGACGCGAAGCCGAAGAGCGUUGCAGGCCGAUGCCUGGAGGAUGAAGUUUGCAAGAGGGCAACUCACCGUGAAGAAGAUCGCUGUAACACUGAUCACUGA